AUGUCACGAGCAUUAGCUUUUCUAUUCAUUGGCUUUCUAGCCUAUAUACCACAUACAUCUGUUCAACAGCACGAGACACCCGUCGACGACAUUGCGAAACCUUUACCAACAAAGGAACCUCUUAAUCUUGAACCUUUCGAAACCAUACUUCACGAAUUAAUUCAACGACAAUAUCGAUAUGAAAUAGUUUAUUAUAAACUAGCGCUCAACAAUGUUCUACCCAACUUCGCUCGACUAUUUCACGAACAAAGUGAACAAAAAUAUAGAGAUGCCAAAGGUCUCAUUCGACUCUAUCAAGUACUUGGUAUUGAAAUGAAUUUCACGAAAAUCGAAUCAAGUGGAUACAAACCUUUGAUAAAAGACUGGAAUGAACUGAGUUCUACUAACUUCGUUAAAUUCCUUUCAGUGUCACGCAAGGCAGAAUGUCAAGUUGUACUCAACGCAUUCAACAAUCUGUCUAAGGUCAAAUUCGAUUAUUCUGCACCAUUACAAAUGUAUCUAAAACUGAAAGUUUUUCCAAAACAAGUUCUAUUAUGUAAACAAUUAUCGGAUUUGCAUGAUCAGCUUGUUCGUUUGUAUCAUGCGACAUCUGACAAAAGGACAAUUCCAGCGUCGUUUGUUUAUGUCGAUUAUCAAGUUAAAAAACUCUUCUCGAAAUAA